CUGCACAGUCGUGGUCCUCGCAGUGAAGCCAAAGUUAGAGAUGGGACGAUAGGAGGAUUGGACGAGUGUAGCACCACGGUAGCUUUUUCUACCUUCCACUUCCACGAGCCGAAACCCAAGUGUGAACGAGCAGAUUGAGCCUGCUCACGUGGAGAUAUUCGGAAAGCUCUUUUAUUAAUAUAUUUUAAUUGCUAAAUCUGUGAUUCGUUACUCUUCAAUUCGUACUUGUGUCAUUGAAGAUUUGUGAUAUUCUUCUUAAGCUUUGUUCUACGACUUGUGAUAUCUUCUGUCCGUCAAAAUGGUGCAAGGAAGCCUGAGCAAAAUAACAUCUGGAUCGCCCUCGACCUUCGAGGAGGCUAAGAGCCGGGCUCAAAGCGCAAGAAAGGGUCGAACGAGAGUGCGGUCAACCAUGUCUAGAGCCUGUUUCAAAGAUUUGUUUGUUCUGGGCGAAAGACUGGGUGGUGGAGCAUACGCUUCAGUAUACUCGUGUUGGAGGCGUCAUCCCCUCACUGAAGAAGAGAAGCGACAAGAGUUUGCUGUCAAGGUGAUCGAUAAGAUACCUACUCACAGCCGUCAACGAUGCCUCAAUGAAGUCGAGCUAUUUUUCAAGUGUCGUUCUAAUAAGCACAUCAUCAGAGUGGAGGAAACCUUCGACGAAGAAGAUGCGUUUUACAUAAUUUUUGAGAAAGUCCAUGGCGGACCGCUGAUGAAUGCAAUUGCGCGUUGCGAGACCAUCACUGAACGCGAAGUGGUCCAAGUUGUGCAGCAGUUGGCGGACGCUAUCGCUUUCCUACACAAUAUUAACAUUGCUCACAGGGAUCUGAAGCCCGACAACAUUUUGUGUGUCAGUCAGGACUCAAUCAGCCCCGUCAAGUUAUGUGAUCUUGACCUUGGCUCGAAGGUGGAGAUCAAUCAUUCAAGAUGUGGCAUGACCCCUCAGCUACUGACGCCGGUCGGCUCAGCUGAGUACAUGGCUCCUGAGGUAGUAGAGGGAUUUGUUAGCGAUGAUGCGAGCCCCUAUGAUAAGAGGUGUGACCUCUGGAGCCUGGGAGUGGUCAUCUACAUAUUGCUGUGUGGGUACCCUCCCUUCUGUGGCAACUGCGGUGAAGACUGCGGCUGGGCUCAGGGUGGAUCGUGUGUCGACUGCCAGAAUCAGCUCUUCGGUAAUAUCCAGGAAGGAAAUUUUUCGUUCCCGGAACAGGACUGGGAUAAGGUCGACCCUCUCGCCAAAGAUCUGGUGAGGAAGCUUCUCGUGAAAGACCCCAAGCAGCGUCUCUCGGCACAGAUGAUCCUCGACCAUCCUUGGAUCAAGAGCGGGGGAUCUGACACUAUCCUUAACACACCUCAAAAUAUCAACAAGACCAGUUUCGGGACGGAAAAAGUGUCAAACUUCGCGUCUUCCGCGAUGGAAGUUAACAGCUUGGUGAUGCAGCACAUGCACAUCGACUACGACAGCGAAGGGUCGAGCGAGUCUGAUGACACAGUUUACGGAACGUCCCCACCUGCGUGCGGCGAGUUCGGGGCCACUCCUCCCUCUCCCCACCAUCUUCGGGACCGCUACAGCGACCCUGGCUUCGUAGGAGAAGAAGGACCGUUCGGUCUAUCACCUCCCACGGCCUCUCGUCUCCUGCAGCGUCGUUCACAGGAGAGACGACGCGGCCAAAGCUCCCUUGUGGGCUCCCCUUUCAUCCCUCAGUUGGCUCACUGAGCGCAUGCUUUACUCGGCCCUCAUUCGCUCGGGUUCGGCAUGCUUUGUUUGAUGAUCUCUUCUCUGAGCAUCCCCCUCUCUUAGGGUUUUCUAUGAGAAAUAAGCUUACGAGGACUUUCAGAUUGAUCUAUAUAAGAUGAAUUGGUGGAGUGUGCUACGGGUAAUGGGUCCUACCCUUUUCUAAGCUAAGCGUUUUUCAAAACUAAAUUUGGAAGAGUAUGUGAUAAAAUUUUUGUCUGUUUUGUUUAAGUUUUCAUUUUAAUUGCUGAAUUGUUUAGUGGCUUUAAUUUUUCCAUCUUAUAAAUAACCAGGCUUUUUUCUUUGCAUGUAGAGUACUUUCGAAACCAUAUUUAUAAAUUUAUUUAAAGAUUCCUUUUAAGUAUUUUCAAGCCAAUAUAGAUUUGAUUUUAUAAGCUAUAAUGCUUCUUAGCUUUCGACGAGAGGUUGCUAUAACCAAAGUGCAGCGAUCGUCAGGAGAAAUGGGUCGAAAGUACAUCUUUAAUUUUUUAUUUGGGGAAUUAAGUAUCUAUCGUAGCUACUGCCUACAAAUGCGAAGGUAGCCUUCGCGCUCUGUCCUGCCACUACUCCUUUAAUUAACCAUCGACCUUAGAUGGCCAUUGAUUGACUUGUAAAAUUUUCAAUUAGCCGGACUGGUAAAUUAUAGUGUAUUAGUGUCAUCCAGUCACUGUAAUCGAAAGUAUUUACCGAAUGGUCCCUGUAUUAGAGAUUUGAACUGUGACAGUCAAGGUUUGGAUUUUCUAUGUCAUGGUGAGCUUAGAGCUCAAGUCUUUGAUGUAACUCUCGACCAUCAUCUUACUCUUAUUUCAUAUGGUCAGCCAUUAUCAAUUAGAGCAAAUGUCUUCCUAUCAAAUUAAAAUCAUCUUUUCUUUUAGAAAUAUAAAAUUGAUUUAUUCAUUUUUCUGUUUUAUCACGAGAACACGAAUUUCUGUUCAUAGGUUUUCCAGCUUUAAUUAAUGUAUCUUUGGACAUUUUCAAGACGGAAUCAGUGCAUUAUGACUUAUUGAUUUCUAACCAGCUCUUUAUUAUGUCAUAGGAUUUCCUCUGGAAACAAAACUUCCGUCUUCUAGUUUCGUUGUUGUCGGUAGGCUCAUGGAGUUAUGUUUUUUGUUCGAAAUGUGUGGUUUGUGCUGGAUAUUGUUCGAACGAUAACGCCUUGAAGGUGUGUAAGUGCAGCCGGCUAAGUACAAAAGAGCUGAGGGUUGUGCGAUAUCACAUACGGCAAGACCAUAAGCUCGUGACUGCUGCCUCACUUCCUUGGCGAUUUGUCAGGGUUUCGGUUGCGUUACGGUGCUGGUGGUGGUGCAGGUUCAAAACUGCUACCUUGCCUAAGUGUCAAUUGCCACUCAAUGCUCGUGAUAAAUUUUUAAGGUUAGGUAAAAAAAGAAAGUGCCUAUUGCUGUAAUUAUUGGUUAAGCUAUUGGGCGCCAUUGCUCGAAGCUGCGAUCUUGUCGGUAUAUAACUCGCCCAUGAAGAGGUCAGCACAUGUUCAAUGUGUUCGGAGUGCUGCGUGAACUCAAACGAUUUAGAAGUCACUUAUUUAUUGAGUGAUUUGUGUGGAUAUCUGCUGCGUGAAGCCCAUGACAGGCAAGCAUAUCUGCAUUUUUGAGGUCCUCUGUCGUUGUAUACUGCACGCAACAUCGCGCUCAGUGUCAUUAGAUGCGCGUAUGGUGCAAUAAAGUAUCGGAUUUAAAGAAAUAUUCUCUAGUCGAUGUCAUCGAUUUGACGCCUAAUGAUGUGGCCGCCGCCGACCAUCAGCCGGCGUUGAGAGCACGACCGUCCCACCUCUUCGGAGUCUCUCGCUCAGGGCGCGUGAUUUUGAAUACUUUCCACCACCAUUGCUUCUUUGUCAGCUUCCACUUCAUGAAUUGUUCACCUCGUUGUUGAAGUAGUCCGUACGGAUAUUUUGUAUGCCUUAUACCCAGUAAUUUAUAGUCUUUAUAGUGCCAUUUGUAAAUCUGUUCGGUUAUAUUGACAUAUCCUCAAUAAUUUCGGUGUACAUGGGGCUUUGUAUGGCCCUGACUGAGAGACGCUUAGAAUUGCAGUGGGUUUGGUUGCUGGUCUCCACGCCAUGCACAUUAAGACCUUUCCAUCUGAGCACGCGACACAUUAUAAUGCUGAUCAACCACAAGUGGGUGUGACUGAGUCGAGUGAACUGAUUUAAAGGUUGUCAUCUGUUCGUUUGUUCGGAACGCUGCAUGGCGGUUAACUGUUUCGUUUGGCUAACAUUCCUCAUACAUUCAUCGGUUUGUUCAAAUAAUCGCCCAGGCUUCAUCUCAUCCCGGUGCACCCGUUCAUUCGCAAGAAUCUCUCGCUGUUGCAGGGUGUACCGCUCAUAGCCUGUGCCAUCACCAUACUCAUUCUACAUCUUUUUAUAUAUAUAAAUAUAUAUCAAAAAGGAGAGAUCUUUUUUUUACAAAUCAGAGUAUUUUGUUUGAUGGUAAUUUGUGUAUCAUUGUGAAAUGCUUUGCUAGGGUCCCGGCUGUCCGGAGUAGUAGUUCUUUACGUUUUUCUGCUCUGUUGGCCGAGAUCCUUAGCCAUUUCUGUACUGGUUGAUGCCCCAACACCGUCAACGGCGUUGCCUCAUACAAAUAAAACAAAAUAUUUUUA